AUGGCGACCUUGGCAGACUCCUUCCUUCAGGAUCUUGAGGAUUUGGAGGAACCAGAUCCUGAAGCGGAUGAGCCAGCCGCGAAGAAGGCGAAGAAGGGAAAGAAAGCGUUGCCAGUGGAGAAGGAUUUGAGCAUUGCAUCCCUGGUGGAGGAUGAAGAGGGGGAUGAGAUUCCGGAUGCAAUCCAGGUCUUUAUGAACAACGAAAAGAGUGGCAGUUCCAGCGUCUCUGAGAUGUUGAAAAACGACGAGUUUCAGAAGCUCAUGGAUGAGGUGCGCGAGCGCAAAGAUGAACAGCCGGCCCUGGAGUUGGGCAAACAGCUCAGCGAGGAGGAUACCGAGUAUCCGCUGAUUACCCGUCUGGGCCCCAACUAG